AUGGAAGAGACCCAUGAACCAAAGAAGCAUUCUGAGAAAGAAGAAAUAGAGGAUGGGCUAAGUAGUAAGACCGAAGCGCCACAUCUUCCAGAGUUCACCUUCAAAAAUGUUUGCAAUGAUAUAAUAAACGGGGUAAUUGCUUUAUUCAUGGACCCUUUUUGCAAUGCCAUUGUGGUCCCAAUCUUGGUGGUUUUCACGUCCAUUGCUUGUAAGAUCGUCAUCGCCAAUGUCAAGUACACUGAAAUUGACUUCAAGACUUAUAUGCAACAGAUAGAUAUGAUCAACGAUGGUGAACUUGAUUACAGCUUGAUUGCCGGUGACACUGGUCCUAUAGUGUAUCCUGCUGGAUUUGUGCAAAUCUACCAAUGGCUCAGUUGGCUCAGUCUGGGAGGAGAGGACAUACCCGUGGUUCAAUCUGUGUUUGGAUAUCUUCACACAUUGACGGUUUUACUCACUUGUUGUACCUAUUCGUUGGUGGGUGAUGUUCAGCCAUGGGCAUAUAUGUUGAUCGUGGCCAGCAAACGGUUGAUGUCCAUUUAUGUGUUGAGACUCUUUAACGAUUGUUUCACUACUGCUUGUAUGGUGGGGGUGACAUUAGUCUUACAGGCAGCAUCUUAUUGGUUCGAUACUUUGGGUUCAACACUAGUCUUUCUUUUGACUUUAGUUGCAGCCGACUUGUAUAGUAUGGCUAUCUCAAUUAAGAUGAAUGCCUUACUUUUCAUGCCUGCAUUUCUUAUUGUGGUCUACUUUUUGUGCAUGGAAAACAUUUUGAAGUUGUUGGCUGUAAUUUUGGUGAUGGUAUUGGUCCAAGUAAUGGUCGGAUGGAAAUUCUUAUUGGUCUUGUUCCACGAUGAAGACGCAAACUAUUUGCGUAUGACAUACUUACAAAGAGCAUUUGAUUUCAAACGUUCGUUUCUAUAUGAAUGGACAGUCAAUUGGAGGUUUGUUCCGGAAGAAUACUUUACUUCCAAGCUAUUUGCAAACUUUCUUUUAGUGUGCCAUAUUUCAGUGCUUAUCUUCUUUGUGAUUUCUAGAUUCUUUAGUUCUAAAAUCACUGGAAAGAGCUUGGUAACCUUGGUCAAAGACGGCUUUAAACCUUUCAACACCAUAGCUUCCACAAAUCUUUAUGUGAACAAGAAACAAGGUCCUAAGCUCAUUUUGCUCACAUUUGCAACUACGAACACAAUUGGAGUACUUCUCUCCCGCAGUCUUCAUUACCAGUUUCUCUCUUGGUAUUGUUGGCAUAUGCCAUUCUUAUUAUAUUCGACUGGCUGGGGUCCCAUUAUUAGUGGUGCAAUGUGGGCCGUUCAUGAAUGGUGCUGGCUUACGUUUCCAUCGACCAUUCAAAGUUCAGCAAUAUUGGUAACUAUCUUGUCGUUUACUUUGGCCACAGUAUGGCAUCGUGGUGAAAAUUGGUAUGGGUCUUAG